AUGGUUGAUUUAACUUCAGAAUUUCGUAAAUUAAUUAUAGAUCUUUCAAAAACAACCACUUCGACUAGUGGAAGAAACAAAAAAAAUCAUGAGAAUGCAACAGCAUCAAUACUAUUACCAAUACCUGCUAAAAAAAAAGUCAUGAGAGAUGAAUAUUUAAAGGAAGCUUAUAGAAUUGUUUCUCAUAUCAACAAUUUAAAACAUUUUCUUUUAUCAGUCCGUAAAGCUUAUUUGAAUAUAUCAACAAAACCUUCGAAAACUAGUGGUAGUAGAAAGAAUAGCAGUAUCAAAAGACAAAAUUCAAUUACAUAUAGUACUUGGUCAAAAUUACUAUUUGUAACUUCCAUGAAUGACGAGCAUGAAGUUUUAGCAGCAAUUCAUAGUAGUAUUGCAUGGUAUUUGAAUAAGCGGUUAACAGAAGUGUCUAAAAUACAAAAAGAUCAACAGGAAGCCAGAAUGAUUAAAGAGAUGGAAAGACGUGAGAGUACAUUAUACAAGUCAGCUGCUAAAUUGUCGCUUCUAAACAAUAAUCCUGAAUCUCUUCAGUCGAAAAUAAAUGAAGAAAGAGGAGACUCGCCAUCAAGAACAGACAGUGAAAUAGACGGGAGUUUGACAGAAAAUGAUGAAAAAGGUGAUGAUGACGACGACAUUGAUCAUCAUUUGUCAGCAGAACAAAAAAUGGUAUUAGAAAUGGAAAAUGAAUCCAUCAUGAAAGAAUUGGAAACUUCUUUACAACAAGUCAAUCAAGCAGAAAAGGCAUUAUUGGAAAUUUCAAAUUUACAAACAAUACUAUCUAAUCAUUUAACAGUACAAACUCAACAAACAGAUAGGUUAUAUGCAGAAGCAAUUGCCACAACAGACAGAGUGCAGGAAGGCAAUUUAAUGUUGAUAAAGGCAAGAGAAAGAGCUUCAGAUACAAGAAAAUGGAUAUUAGUAUUUUUAAUAUUAGCUAGUUUUAUUUUAUUCUUUUUAGAUUGGUAUGAUUAG